CCUCUUCCGGCUUCGCUCAACCUUGGCUGGAGGACCCGAGAGAGCAGGGCAGCUGGUGGGCGGUGAUGUCGAUGACGCGUGGAUGUGUGGAAAUGAGCCAAAUCAGGCUGGAAAUCCUGCGGAAGUGGAACCACAUGCGAUGCUACUGAGAGGAGCGGAACAGAAUUUAUCUUGGAGCCCCAAUCUGGGAGAUGAAGCCUCUGAGAGCCAGCAGGGAAACUGCCUAGCAGAAGAGGAGGACAACUUGAUUGAUCACCAGGGCAGGUACGAGGAACUGGAGGACAGAAUAUUCCAGCAGGGUCUCCCCGAGGAUCAGCACGAAAAAGGACCCCUUGGGUGUGUAAAAGUCUUGAGGGAGACGUCUGAUCUUCUGGCACAUGGAGUAAUCCAAGCCAACAGAGCUCUGUUCAAAUGCCCAGAUUGUGGCCAAAACUUUAACAAUAGAUCGGUCCUCAUUAAACAUCAGAGGAUCCACACGGGAGAGAAGCCUUUCAAGUGCUCCGUUUGUGGGAAGGGCUUCCGCCAACACUCUCACCUUGUGAACCACGAGAGAAUCCACACCGGAGAGAAACCGUACAGCUGUCCCAGCUGCGGGAAAAACUUUGGUGACCCCUCGCACCUCAUCAGGCACAAGAGGACCCACAUGAGAGAGAGGCCGUACAAGUGCUUGGUGUGUGGAAAGAGUUUCUGCACAGGGAACGAGCUUCUUAUGCAUGAGAGAAUCCACACGAGCAAGAAGCCGUGCCAGUGCGCUGCCUGUGGGCAAAGCUUCACCAGGAUGUCGGUCCUCAUUAGCCACCAGAGGAUGCAUACAGGGGAGAAGCCACACAAAUGCUCCGAGUGCGAGAAGUGCUUCCAAUACAAUUCGCAGCUCGCAAAACAUCAGAGAAUCCACACAGGAGAGAAGCCCUACGAAUGCUCCGAGUGCGGGAAGUGCUUCCGGCAGCAUUCCCAGCUCGUGAACCACCAGGGCAUCCACACGGGCGAGAAGCCCUACAAAUGCCCCGAGUGCGGGAAGUGCUUCCGGCAGCAGUCGCAACUUGUGAAACACCAGAGAAUCCACACGGGAGAGAAGCCCUACAAGUGCGCGGAGUGCGGAAAAUGCUUCCGGCAGCACUCUCAGCUCGGGAGCCACCAGAGAAUCCACACAGGGGAGAGGCCAUAUGCGUGUUCAGAUUGUGGGAGGGCCUUCAGCGACCCGUCUCACCUCAACAGACACAAAAGAACCCAUACCGGAGAGAAACCUUGCGAGUGCUCUGUUUGCGGGAAGAGCUUUAGCACCAGUGCCUAUCUUACUACUCACAUGAGAAUCCACACAGGAGAGAAACCGUAUCAGUGCUCAGAGUGUGGGAAAAGCUUCAACCACAACUCAGGUCUCCUUGCCCAUGAGAGAAUCCACAGGGGAGAGAAACCAUAUAAAUGCCCGGAAUGUGGCCAAAGCUUUAGCAGCAGAUCAGUCCUCAUUAAACAUCAGAGAAUCCACACGGGAGAGAAACCUUUCAAAUGCUCUAUUUGUGGGAAGGACUUCCGCCAGCACUCGCAGCUCAUGAACCAUGAGAGAACCCACACGGGGGAGAAACCCUUUAGCUGCCCCGACUGCGGGAAAAGCUUCGGAGACCCCUCACACCUGAUCAGGCACAAGAGGACCCACACACGAGACAGGCCGUACAAAUGCCUGGCUUGUGGGAAGAGCUUUUGCACAGGGAACGAGCUACUCGUGCACGAAAGGACCCACACGAGCGACAGGCCGUGUCGGUGCUCAGAAUGCGGGAAGUGCUUCCGGAGGAGGUCGGCCCUUAUCAGUCACCAGAGAAUCCACACGGGAGAAAAGCCCUACAAAUGCUCCGAGUGCGGGAAGUGCUUCCGAGAGCGCUCCCCGCUUGUGAAACACCAGAGAAUCCACACAGGGGAGAAACCGUACACGUGUUUGGAGUGUGGGAAAUGCUUCCGUCAGCUCUCGCAGCUUGUGAACCACCGGAGAAUCCACACGGGGGAGAGGCCGUUCGUGUGUCCCGAAUGUGGGCGGAACUUCAGCGACCCCUCGCACCUCUUCAGGCACAAGAAAAUCCACCUAGCACGAGAAACCUUGUAAAGGUUUGCAUCAUCUGCCUUCUUCCUCAUCUGAGAAUCCAAAUCAUUGAGUUAGGAGAGAAACCGUAUCAGCAAUCCGAGAGUGCAGGGUAAAAGCUUCAACCACGUUUAUGGCUCCGCAGCAGAGAGAAACUGUACAAAGGCACAGAUUGCAGGAAAAGCUUCCAUGGUGGCUGACGGAUCAUCGCACACAGGAAAGCAAAAACGGUGCAGAAACAAGAUUACAGGGGCAGAUUUUUUUAGCCAGGCUGAGCUAGUUUCUCACCAGAGCAGGGUUGGUCCCAAAACUGUCCACCUCCAGCAAACACUUAAAAGGGCUGAAACUUACUUAACCCACCAGCAACAAACGAGAGGCCCACCGGUCACAAGGUGCGAGGGCAGAGCCAGUCGCAAAAUGGUGGCAGAUCUGAGAUGAAGUUCAGCACAAUCAGCUGAAAACCACUGCUCCCUGAUCUCCGUUUCUAAAUUCUUUGCCUUAGCAAUUUCCUCGUGACACAGAGUUCCACAGUUCAGCUUUCCUCAAGCUGUGAGCAGCAUCAUGUAAGUAUCAUGAUAGCUUUGUUUUAGGCAGAAUUUUGCUCUAAGUGGAGAAAUCAAAUUAUUUUAUGUUUCCUUUCUCUCCAUGCACCUCUCACAAGUACUUUUAUUCAUCUCCUGCUAUUUCUUCUCCUUUCCUCCCUUCACCGUUCCCUAUGCCCACUCCAAGCUGCCAGUUUCUUUCAUUCCUCCUGUAACAGCUUUCUUUCUUUUUUCCUUUCAUUGCUAUUCUCAGGUGUGUGGGGAUUUCUUACGGGAAGGGCGAAAUAUUAUUAUUGUUAUUUGAAAUAUUAACCUUUGAAUAUUUGAUUUCCCUUAAUAUUUCCUCUGGCCGUUUCCCUCCAGAGGAAGGAGAUCUUCAUUUCUUCCUGCUCCUCUAAAUUUCUGUCUCCCAGGAAACUUGACCCGGUGUGCAAUAAAAUUAUGGUGCUGA